AUGGCAGCGACAUCAGGUUCAAGACCCAGAAGGUCAUCUUCCGAUCUAACCAUCACAGUAGACAGCAACCUCUCAAAGUCACAAUUAUCAGAGAUGGGUGUCAAUUCGUGGCCCAAAUGGGGUUGUCCUCCUGGAAAGUACAUGCUGAAAUUCGACGCACAACAGACAUGUUAUUUGCUGAGAGGGAGAGUGAAGGUUUACCCAAAAGACUCAUCAUCGAAGCCUGUUGAGUUUGGUGCUGGCGACCUUGUCACCAUACCCAAAGGACUUAGAUGCACAUGGGACGUGUCCGUUGCUGUGGACAAGCAUUACAAAUUCGACUCUUCUUCCGCUCCCACUGAUUGA